UUACAAAUUUUUUUAAUCAAAUACUCCGUAGUAAUAAAACAUAAAAACAAAAUUAAAAAUCCGUCAAAAUGAAAAGUAGGACCACGAUGUGUAAACGCAAAACACACGCACAACUUGAAAAACACAUCACCCCGAAUCUAAGCCUCCCUCUCGCAUUCUAACACGCUUCCACCACCCACCACCCAUUUUGUCAAUUUUGCCGUUUACUUAUUCACUAUUUUUAUUAAUUAACCAACAAUUUUAAUUAGUAUUACAUCUUCCCCAUAAAUUAAUCAACUUUUCUUUCUAUAAUAAAAGUUCGGUUUUUUCUGACAUUUUUUCUGCCUUCCAUUGACUCUCUCUUUCUCUUUCUCUCUCUCUCUCUCUUCAAAAUCAAAGCUUUUCAUCAAUGGAUUCUGAGUUUUGGACCACCCGUUUAGCCGCUGCAAAGCGGCAGUUUAAUAUGCAACACCACCAUAAUCACCAACUUCAUCAUAACUCUUCUCAUCUUGAUCGGUUGAAUAUGGAUGAUUUUGAGAUGGAAGAUGAGAUUCGACCUGAUAUUCCAUGCCCGUAUUGUUAUGAAGAAUUUGAUAUCGGUUCGCUUUGUACCCAUUUGGAUGAUGAACACUCUUGCGAGUCUCGAGCUACCGUUUGCCCAAUCUGUUCUGUUAAAGUUACGCGAGAUAUGCUGAGUCAUAUCACGUUGCAGCAUGCACAUUUAUUCAAGAUCCAAAGACGUCGUAGAUUGCGCAAAGUUGCAAUUCCAAAUAGCCAAGCACUUUCCCUGCUCGGCCGAGACCUUCGUGAAGCUCACCUACAAGUGCUUCUAGGAGGAGGUGGAUUUCGAUCAAGUAGUACACAUGCCUCUAAUGCUGCAAAUGAUCCAUUCCUUUCAUCACUUAUCUUAAACUUUCCUGGAUCAGAGGUUGAUGAACUUACCAAGUCUGUGGCAUCCAGCAUUGAGGAUACAACUUCGAAAAAUACCUCAACAGACCGUUAUUGGAAACCAAGUUUUGAUUCUUCAUUAAGUUCUGAAGAAAAAGAGAAGAGGAUACAUCAGGCAGCUGGUAGAGCUGGCUUUGUACAAGAUCUGCUUCUCUGCACCCUACUGGGCGAUUAGUGAAGUGAUAAGUUAUCAAAAUAAAGGUAACUGAGAUUUCAAGUAGCACAAUGACUGUAUAUUGGAGGGAUUAAUUGCAUUACUUCUGCACUUGCUGGCUCCUAGAAUCGUCAUGUCAUGAGAUUCUAUGCAGUUGCUUAACCGAGCUAGUGCUUACAUCAAAACAUAAACAUCCCUUCAGAAAAAAACAAAAUAUAAAUCUCAGCUACGUUUUGAAGAAACAAGUCUUUCAUGGCUAUAGUUUCUCCGUUUGCAAUUUGCUUUUAUUCCUGCCUGCUAGUUUGUGGGUAUUAGUGCGGAGGAAGGCUGAUAUGUACUUGUAAAUUUCGAAAGGUGAAACAGUCUUCCUCGUGCGAAAUUGGAGGAUGUGCCUGCUUGUUUGCGUUGCCCUUUGCUUCCUUGGGAAAAAGAAGGGAUCAUAGGUUUUACACUUACGCUUGUAUAACAAUUGCUAAUUAACUUGUUCUUUCAUCCAGUUAUAAUAGAAAUGUAACUUCAAAUUGUUGUAUUCUUAUCAAUUAGACUUUGUUAUAGUGCUUAUCAAAGCAUAACAGUGUAAAUCAUACAUGCUGAAGCAUUUCCAUUUUGAUAGUGUAAUUUGAAUUAAUAAUGUGAUGACUAAAUCUUACGAGUA